GAUCUAACUCUAACUGCGAUACCAAAAACCUUGAGCCCAUCACCAUUGAUUCAUUCUUGAGUCAUACAAGACUCAUGUAUGUGAUAACAGCCUUAUCUGCUGCACGUGUCCGUCUUCCGAUGAUCCUGUACACGUACUUGCGUGUGUGAAUGGGCUCUGAUAUGAAAACUGAUAGUGCCAGAACAACAUGAUUUGCCUAAAAGGUCAUCGCAGAUCUUCUAUGAUUGGUCGUGACAUAUUACUUCACGUAGGAAUCGCCCUCGAUGCACGAUAACAUGUCGCCAACAGCCAUGUAUGCGGGCAUCUAAAGGCGCUUUCUUUUUGCAUUAUGCCGUGGAUUACGACUCGGUUGGACUUUAAGCUGCGGUCACGGUGCAUUCAGAGGCCAUCUAGUGUUGUGUUCAAUACGCCUCUAUCAUUCAAUCUACCAUGGAUUUACUUCGCAAUAGACGCAAACAAGCAGCCUCGACGGAACCCUCAAUCGAGCCCUCUCUUGAUGUUACGUCUCUCCCUUCCAUCUCUGGUUCCAUGAGCCCUCCAGAGCCAUGGGAGGAAGUAGACAUAUCAUCCACCGACUAUGCCCGCAGGCGCAGGGAACUUAUGGAAAUGAUGGCUGACCUCCGAUCCAUGGGUGCCGACGCGUUGAUUGCCUUACCAUCUGUAGUCGUAAUUGGUGGCCAAUCCGCGGGCAAAAGCUCACUCGUCGAAGCCGUCAGUGGGAUCAACGUCCCAAGAGAUAGCGGAACGUGUACAAGAUGCCCUAUGGAAUGCAACAUGUCUAGUCAUGCCAAAUCGUGGUCCUGCACCAUCACCCUACGUAUCGGUUUCGAUAGUAACGGCCUAGACCUUCAAAAGCCUACUAAUGUGCGAUUUGGCCCAACGAUCACUGACAGAAGUGAAUUCGAAGUUUGGCUGCGUCGUGCUCAGGCAGCCAUUUUGAACCCGAAUGUUGCUUCUUCGACUUUCCACGCAAAGACCGUCGAGGAACUCAAGAACAUAAAAAACACAUUGAAGUUUUCCCGCAACGUAGUAUGCGUCUCGAUUGAAGAUCCCGACGCAACUGACCUGUCAUUCUAUGAUCUACCUGGCCUAAUACAAAACGAAGAACCUGAAGCUGUCGCGUUGGUGAAAAAUUUGGCAGAACAUUACAUCGAGAAAAAAAAUACUAUCAUAUUGACCACAAUUCCCAUGAGCGAUGACAUGGAAAAUCAACAAUCUAUGAGUCUCGCCAGGGCCGCUGACCCCAAUGGAAAGCGAACAAUCGGCGUACUUACGAAGCCUGAUACGCUUGGUACUGGAGCUAUCAACCAGCGCCGCAAAUGGGUAGAAAUCAUCGAAGGUCGUUCGGAGGAGCACACACUGAAGCACGGUUUUUACUGUGUGCGUCUUCCUGAUGAUUCCGAACGUGCACAGCGCCUGUCUCGUGCUGAAUCGCAAAGGCGUGCUGCUGAAUAUUUUGACACGACGUCGCCAUGGAAGGACGUAACCGAGCGUCAUAGGUUCGGCAUUCCAGGCUUUGUCUCCGACAUAAGCCGACUGCUCAUUCAAUUGAUCGAGGAAACUUUACCGUGUCUCAGAGAAGAUGUCGACACGCUCCUCGCGAAAUGUAUCAAGGACUUCGAUGAACUGCCCCCACCACUUGAAAACGACCCACAAAUCGAAGUUUUAGGACGAGUUAAUACGUUCUGCGAUGACUUCAAGAGCUUUGUGAAUGGCAGUCACGAAGACAAAAGUCUUGCACAGCGGAAUCGUGCUCUCUAUGCUAUUUUCAAAAGGAAUAUACGCGGCACUGCCCCUGACUUUAGGCCUUUCAAUGACCCGGAAGACUAUGUUCCACUGGAUGAUACUGAAGGGAACAUGACUCUUACUGAGCGAGACCCAGGCGUGAAAGCGAUGGGCAUAUAUGACAUCAGCAGGGUCAUCCAAGAGGCAAUUGGAUGGGAGCUUCCGAACAACGUGCCAUAUCAGGCAAAGGCAAACCUCAUUACUCAAUUCACCAAACUUUGGGUUGUUCCUUCUGAGCGCUGUCUUGCUGGUGUCAAUAAUGUGCUUGACCAAGUCGUCGACACGCUCAUAAGCACCCAUUUUGGACGCUUCAAGGUUCUCGAGGAAUAUUUUGGCAAUUUGAUUCGAAUUCAGGUUGACCUCUGCAAGGCGCGUGCCAAAGACGCCGUCAAAACAGCGUUGGAUCUGGAAACCAUUCCACACUAUACUCAGAACACGCACUAUCUUCAGACACUCCGCGAAAAAUGGCUGGCUCAUUAUAAGACAGUUCGGAGUAGACCUGUUCUGUACAGGGCACCCGAAGCUCCAUCAUGGCUAGCUUCUGAGGGCGAAUGUGACAAUAUCCCUCCUCCCUUCAAGGAAUUUGACAGUUCGACUUGCCCUAAUCCGGUCUCAUUGGCUAGUCCUGGCAAGAAAAAGUCUAUCAAUAAUGGCAAGUACUAUGAGACGUUCGAGGUGCCUAAGCCCAAAGAAAUGCCCGAGACGCCCAAGGCCAAAGCUUUGAGGGCUCUUGCGGAAGCGGGAUAUGCGGGUCUUCAGGUUUCGGAUCUCGCACGGUUAUUACCUCCCGACUCAUUCGAGGAAGAGUUGGUUGUGAUGGCUGACGUUCGAGCUUACUUUCACGUUGCUUAUAAGCGUAUCAUCGACCAUAUUCCUUUCACGAUCGAGCAUGCUCUUCAUCAUGCCCUAGCAAAACAACUUUCGCAGAGCCUUCUCACGAGCUUACUGACUGAUGCCGCAUCUGGACCCAACUUCUCUGAGCGUAUGAAGGAGUUGGUCAGCGAAGAUGCUUCCAUUGCUCAGAGACGCCUGAUGCUCUCGACAAGAAAAGAGCGCCUAUUGAACAUUCGCCGGAGACUCAUGACCUUCAGUAAUAGUGCUUGAUCAUUGCGAGGCGUCACGACGUAUACUUUCAUGAUAUUCUUUACCUCCUGUCGGCAAUUGGUGUUGCUGUAUUGUACUGUUACAUUUCAUACUUGCGAACAAAGUAGUCUGAUUCUCUACUCGUAUCGGUGCAUUUCCAUUUCUUGUGAUAAAAGGAAGAGGCUUUGAG